UGAUCAAACAUCAGAAGGCAGAAACAAAAGCAAGUUAUUUUGGCUCAGUUCAAGUUGGACUCUGAUUUAGAUAAGCAGACACACAGUUUACCACAGGCACCUGUCUUCUAUAGUCUUCAGAGUAAAAGAUCCAGUUAUCAGAAAUGUUCCAAUCGGGCUCAGACAACCAGUGGGUUCUGAGUCAGGGAGAUGACCCAUUGGGUUUUUAUGGACCUGAACGACAUCCACAUAGCUGGCCUCAGGUCUGCCCUCCUCAGCCCAGCAGCACCGCUCAGUAUUCCUGCUCUCAGCUAGUCUCUGGUGGAUCCUACAGCCGAUCAAACGUCCCAGUUUGGUACCAAGACACAUGGAAGGUACAGAGCCACCUGGAGAACUCAAAGUACCACCUCCACCAGAGCCAGAACCAGCCAGUCAAGCAGUACCUGACGCUGGGCUCCAAGCUGGCCUCCUCGACCGGGCAGGGGCACGCUAUUCCACACCCACACGCUCAAGCCAGUCGCUGGCCACCGGUGCCCAUCAUGAGGAAUGGGCACAUGCCCUCGGUCAGCGACGGCAGUAACCCCAACAGCCCCGUUACCCUCCUCAAUAUGGCCAAUCACGACAGCGAGUUUCCAAUGGAUGAAGUUAUUGAUGACCUAAUCAGUCUUGAAUCCGGCUUCAAUGACGGAGGCUUGGAUUGCAUGGAGUCUAACCUUAUGAUGCAAAGCAAUGUGUCCCUCAGUGGCAGCAUGCUGGAUAUCUAUGGGGGUGAACAAGAACUUGACACGAGAGUGAUGGCAAAAGAGAGACAGAAAAAAGACAACCAUAAUCUGAUUGAAAGAAGGCGACGAUACAACAUCAACUACAGGAUCAAGGAGCUGGGGACGCUCAUACCAAAGUCAAAUGACCCAGACAUGCGCUGGAACAAAGGCACCAUCCUGAAGGCCUCGGUGGAGUACAUAAAGUGGCUGCAGAAGGAGCAGCAUCACGCUCGGGAGCUGGAGAGCCGUCAGAAGAAGCUGGAGCAAGCCAACAGGAGACUCCUGCUGAGGAUCCAGGAACUUGAGAUCCAAGCACGAGCACAUGGCCUCCCAAACAUGGCCUCCGCCUUGGGGACAGUGGAGCUGUCCUCUCAUCUCCUCAAGCAGCAGCAGCAGCAGCAGCAGCAGCAGCAGCAGCAGCAGCCGCAGACGUCUCCCCAGGCCCAGCAACCCCAGCAGCCCCCCAUCUACCAGGAGGACCCUAACAGCGACUACCUCCAGAGGCUAGGCGGCGUCCCGGCCACCAUCCCCAGUGCCGCCGGGCCGCAGGAUCACAUCCAGGGCGCAGAAGGCUGCUCCACGUUCUCCGACCCGCUGUCCCACUUCACAGACUUCUUCAGCUCCACACUCAAGGAGGAGCACCGGCUGGACGAGAUCCUGAUGGACGACCCCCUGUCCCCCUUUGGCACUGACCCCCUCCUCUCCGCCGGAUCGCCUGGAGCCGGGUCCAAAGACAGCAGAAGCAGCUUCAGCUCAGCGGAGGAUGAAGACCUAUAGGUGCCCCUCUUCACGAACUCUUCACACACUGCUGUAAUCCCCGGUGGGAGAGGCCACUAAAAGACAAUACUAACCUCUCACUGGGUUGCAAGUCCUUUAAAAAACAGCUAAAACCUCCUCUAAAGUGCCACUUGUAAAUAGAAUGUGUUGUUUUUGUUCAUCAAGAGCUCGAUUGGUCCCAAAGAUUGCGUCCCCCAAAGCUCGGCGGAGCCCCAACUCCUGCUCCUCCAUCAGCUCUUUUUUUAUACUUUGUACAGACAAUGUUUCUCUGCCUCCCACACAGAGCUGGAACAGACUCACAAGAAAAAGGGAGACAUGUAUCAGCCUUUAAUGUAAAUAACUACUACUGUGGUAGCUGUACACUGUAAAUAUGCAAAGUAACCACUGGAAAACCUGCCAAGCUGUCCUUUACAAAAAAGCAAAAUACUACUGCUUCCCAAAAGGAUCGUAUGCACAUGUGCCUUAUCAUGAUCGUCUUAGAAAAGAUAUGACCAUGUGACUGAUACUCACCACGAUGCCUAACCUUCGUAAGUCCUGUGUCCGUCUCUUUUCAGUGUUUUUGUUAAUAUGUAUUUAUGUGUUUUAAUCCAUGUAUUCCUGAAAAAUAUAUAUAUUAUUAUCUAACAUGUUACCUUUUUUUAUUCUUAGUAGGGGUGGGAAAAAUAUAAUAAACCCC